CCACACAGAUCACUGCAAUAUUACAAACUGAAUAUGCUGUCCGAGGAUGGCAAAUGCAAAGCGUUCGAUGCUUCGGCUGAUGGUUUGGUGAGGGCCGAGGCGGUAGUGGCGAUAUAUUUGCAGAAGGCGAAGGAUGCGCGCAGAGUGUACGCCACGGUGGUUAACACGAAAACAAACAUCGACGGCUACAAACCCGAGGGAAUCGGGUAUCCCAGCAGUGAAAUGCAAAAGCAAUUGAUACGUGACAUCUACAAUGAGGCGGGAAUUAAUCCUCUAGACAUUAGUUACGUAGAGACUCAUGGUACCGGUACCAAAGUAGGCGAUCCAGAGGAAGUCAAUGCCAUCGAUAAAUUGUUCUGUAAAGGUAGGAAGAGUCCUUUGCUGAUAGGCUCGGUGAAAUCCAAUAUGGGUCAUUCGGAACCGGCAAGUGGACUAUGCUCCAUCGCCAAAGUGCUGAUCGCGAUGGAAGCGGGCGUGAUACCCGCGAAUUUGCACUUUAAAACUCCGAAUCCGAAUAUUCCUGGCUUAAACGAGGGACGGAUUCGAGUUAUCGACAAGGCUACACCGUGGAACGGUGGUCUCGUGGGUAUUAACUCAUUUGGUCUCGGCGGCACCAAUGCACACGUUAUUCUACGCAGCAAUCCAAAACCAAAACUGUCAUCAAUGAACGCCGAAAUAUUGCCCAAAUUAGUCGCUGUAUCAGGUCGAACGGAAGAAGCUGUGCACACGUUAUUGAAUAAAGCGAAAGAGCACUGUAAAGAUAACGAGUUUCUAUCGUUAUUACACAUAAUGCACAAUAACGACAUCCCUGGUCACAAGAUUCGCGGGUACGAGAUACUCAGCGUCGAUGGUACACAUGAAAUGACCGAAGUAGCGGGCUGUGACAAAGGGCGUCCAAUUUGGUUCAUAUUUUCCGGUAUGGGUUCGCAAUGGCCAGGCAUGGCUCGUCAAUUGUUCAGCAUUGAAACUUUCCAACGUAGUUUGCGGCGAUGCGCGGAUGCUUUGGCACUCUACGACGUCGACCUCAUGAAUAUCAUCAUGAACGCCACAGACGAAACAUUUGAGAAUGUGAUGAAUUCCUUCAUGUCUAUCGCGGCUAUACAGGUCGCUCUCAUGGAUGUUUUAACGUUGAUAGGCAUACAUCCGGACGGCGUAGUCGGACACUCCAUUGGAGAAUUGGGUUGUGCUUAUGCCGACGGGGCAUUUACACUGGAACAAACUGUCUUAACCGCUUACUGCAGAGGCAAGGCGUUAUUAGAAUCCAAGCUGAAACCAGGUGCCAUGGCGGCAGUUGGUUUGAGCUGGGAGGAGGCCGAAAAGAUUUGCCCGCCCGAUAUCACACGAGCUUGUAACAACUCCGCCAACUUGAUUACUAUUUCCGGUCCGACUGAUUCUAUGCACAAGUUCGUACAAAUGCUGGAGAGUAAAGAUAUCUUCGUUAAAAUGGUAAACAGUUCCGGCUACGCUCUCCACAGCAAAUACAUCGCUCCAGCAAUGCCUAAGCUACACGCAUUACUCGAGAAACUCAUACCGAGUCCCAAGCAGAGGUCGGCUAGAUGGAUCUCUACCUCCGUACCAGAAUCCGCAUGGGAUAGUCCGCUAGCGCAGCUCAACUCCGCCGAGUAUUGUGUAAACAAUAUGAUGUCACCUGUGCUCUUCAAAGAGGCGAUCGCUCAUAUCCCAGAAAACGCGAUAACGAUCGAGAUCGCACCGCACGGUUUGCUACAGACUAUCUUACGCAGAUCAUUACCACCAACGGUGACCAAUAUUAGCCUUCACAAGCGGGAUCAUUUGGACAAUCUUACCUUCCUGCUGUCUAACGUGGGAAAGUUAUACAUGGCCGGUGCGCAACCUAACAUUGCCAAAUUGUAUCCGCCGAUUAGUUUCCCCGUCGGUCGUGGAACACCAAUGAUCGGGUCCUUGGUCAGGUGGGAUCACUCCGUCCCAUGGGAUGUGCCUGAUUUCAAACAGAUAUCAGACCAUUCGGGAGGAUGUAUUGUCCAAAUAGACUUGUCAAAUGAAAUGGAUACGUAUCUAGCAGGACACCAGAUAGACGGACGAGUGAUUUUUCCAGUUGCUGGUUAUAUUUUAAUGGUGUGGAAAACUUUGGCAAAACAGCGCGGCUGCAAUUUUGAACUGUUGCCAGUAGUAUUUGAGAAAAUGCAGUUUCAUCGGGCCACCAUUAUCCCCAAGGAAGGACAGGUGAGAUUCUCGAUAACCCUUUUCAAAGGAUCGGGCGAUUUCGAGAUCUGUGAGAACGAUACGAUCGUCGCCAGCGGAAACGUUCGCGUGUCCGAAGGUAUCGACAAAGAUCACCUGAACUUACCACCUCCAGUUUUGCCUCAAAAUCAAGAGACUUUGCAAUUGAAUACCGAGGAUGUUUACAAGCUACUGAGAUUGAACGGAUACGAUUAUUGCGAUAUCUUCAAAGGAGUCAAAUCUUGCGAUAAAGAUGCCACUGCCGGUGAACUAUACUGGUUCAAUCAAUGGGUGUCGUACUUAGACAGUAUGGUUCAUAUAUCUUUGGUGACUAACAAUUCAUUAUAUUUAGCGUCGCAUAUUCAGUAUGUAGCUAUCAAUCCUGUUCUUCAUAAACAACUGGUUGAAAACUUACCAGAGAACGAUGGAUUGCCAGUGUAUUGCUACAAAGACGCCAACAUUGUUAAAUCGGGUGGUAUUGAGCUCAGAAAAAUUAACUUUUCGUUGGCGCCCCGGCGACAGAAUCAUGCUGAUCUUAAAUACGGGCGGUACACUUUCAUACCAUACGAAAGUUCGUACAGUCCAGGAGGGGAUGCAAUGAGAGGAAGGGUUCAUGCGCUUACUGUACUCUUGCAGAUUGUGUAUGAAAACAUAACGACGUUGAGACUGAAGACCGUAGAAGUUGCAAGUGAACGAGCUGCGGAAGAUCUCUUGGCACCGCUUAUUUGCAAAAUUUCCGAUAACCAAUUGGGCUCGCCUAUCAUUGAUUUACAAAUCGUCACAGUUUCUGCAGAUAACUAUACGGAGAGUUUGAAGCAGAUGAACGUGAACGCUGACAUCGUAACGCAAGAUGUGAAUAAGGCACUUCCCGUUCAAGACGUGCACCUUGUCAUUGCGGCGGACGUUCUAUCUAAUAAGUCUUAUACCGUUCUCAAAAACUUGGUCGCUAACUUAAAACCUGGUUGUUUUAUUCUUCUGGAGGAGACCGCUGCACAACUAGAUUUGGAGACCGCGUUGAAAGACACUGAUCUCAUCUUGGCUGGAAAACAAACAGUUUCCGUAGAAAAGACUUAUUUGUUGCUGAAGAAACGACAGAAACUAAGAGAACCAAUGGUAAUUCAAAUUACAGAAAAACAUCUGUCGUGGCUGAAAGAUAUAAAAGCAGUACUGAAAAAAUGCGACAGUAUAGAUCAAGAAAUACUCCUUGUAUCCCAGGGUGAAGAAACACUUGGCUUGGUCGGACUCAUGACUUGUAUGCGACGCGAGUUAGGCAAUGCAAAUUUGCGUUAUGUCUUUAUCCAGGACCAGAAUGCCCCCACAUUUAGCAUAUUCGUACAGUUUUAUGUGGAGCAAUUGGACAAAGGAUUGAUGGCAAACGUUUUGAAAGGAGGACAAUGGGGCAGUUAUCGACACUUGCCAUUGGAUCAACAGAGCAACAUGUCUUCGGUGCAGGUGAAACACGCCUAUGUAAACACAUUGACAAGAGGAGACCUCAGCAGCUUGAAAUGGAUCGAAAGACCCUUAAAAUACUAUCGUCCCGACAAGUUUCCUAAUAUGAAACUUUGUUACGUUUACUAUGCUCCACUGAGCUCCAGGGAUAUCAUAUUGGCGAGUGGAAAGUUGUCCCUGGAUAUUUUGCCGAGGAAUAUAGCUACGGAAGAAUGUAUAUUGGGACGUGGAUUUUCGGGGAGAGACGCUGACGGUCGUCGCGUGAUGGGUAUAGUCGAAGUUGGAGGACUGGCGACUACAGUGGUUGCAGAUCUCGAUUUCCUUUGGGAAGUACCCGACAAGUGGACGUUGGAACAGGCAGCAACGAUACCUAUCGCUUACGUGACUAGUUACUAUGCUUUGUUUGUACGAGGUCAAUUGACAGCGGGCGAAAGCAUAUUAGUUCACGCUGGUACAAGCGGCGUCGGUCAAGCAGCGAUUGCCAUUGCUCUGCACGCUGGUUGUACCGUCUUCACUACCGUUGACACGUUGGAUAAAAGAACAUAUCUCAAAAAAAUCUUUCCGCAGUUGAACGACAAGCACAUUGGCACUUCCCAAGAUACCAGUUUCGAACAGCUCAUAGAUUUUGAGACUCAAGGACGUGGAGUGGAUGUCGUAUUGAAUUCACUGACAGAUGCGAAAUUACAAGCUGGCAUCCGGUGUCUGGCGUACGGUGGCCGUUUCCUUGACAUCAGCAUUCAUGAUAUAUCGAAAGACAACCGCGUGAGCAUAUCAACGUUAAUAAAAUAUACUUACCAUAGUAUAUUGUUGGAUAUGGUAUUUCAAGAAAAUAAAGCGCAAAAGAAUAAACUGAUCAAAUUCUUUUCGGAGGGGAUAAAAAAUGGCGCGAUACGUCCGCUCCAAUGGACUGUGUUUUCGGAACAACAGCUCGAGCAAGCAUUCAGAUAUAUGGCGGCACGCAAGCAUAUUGACAAAGUGCUGUUGAACCUU